CACCAGGCUGCUGAUGGUUUCCUGUUUGUGGUUGGGUGUGACCGCGGGAAGAUCCUCUUUGUUUCUGAGUCCGUCUUCAAGAUUCUCAACUACAGCCAGAAUGACCUGAUAGGUCAGAGUCUGUUUGACUACCUUCACCCGAAGGACAUCGCCAAGGUCAAAGAGCAGCUGUCCUCUUCAGACACCGCCCCCCGAGAGCGGCUCAUCGAUGCUAAAAGUAAGAGUCCGAACACAUCACCUCCUGUGGGGCCGUUAACAUACAAGAGGACCGUCCUGUUACUAACACUUCCUUUAACACAGGUCCAACCAUCAUUUAUUAACAGGGUUCCCACGGGGUCUUAAAAAAAUAAGAAAGGUCUUAAAUAUGAUUUAGUAGGUCUUAAAAGUGAU